GUUUUAUUUUCGUCAUAAUAUGCUAUUAUGAUAUCGUGCAGCAUAAAUAGGUGUGACGUAAUUUUAGUUUGACAAACCGGAAGUGUGACGUCAUAAUGUCCAUGGUCGUGACGAUGACAGGGGGAAGUCCCUGGGGAUUUAAAAUGACGGGUGGGAAAGAUUUUCGACUUCCGUUGGCGAUCGGGAAGGUGAAAGCUGGUGGCAAGGCAUCCAAGUGUGGGGUGGUAGAAGGUUAUUGGAUUGAGAAAGUGAAUGGGGAAGAUUUCACCAACCUUGGACAUCAUGAAGCACAGAAUAAAAUCAAAAGUGCGGGAGCUACACUUGUUAUGGAGCUAUGCAAACCGAAAUCAAAACCCCCGCCCCAGCCAACUGUUACAUCACUACCAACUAACAAUCAAACAAAAGCGACACCCCAAGUAACUUACCAGCCUGGUGAACAUAGAUACAACAAAUAUUCCGCGGAAUCUGAUUGGCAGAAAUCUCACCAAUCACAAUCACCAGCGAUGCAGAAAGCGUAUCAUAAAUCUGUGAAAGCCCCCCUGCUGACUGAGGCACCUGCGUUCACAAUUACCCCUGAGAUAAAGGAGCUUAUUUUGGAAGAUGAGAAAACCACUGAGUCAGGUUUAAAAGCUAGUGAAGUUAAAACUUGGCAAAGUCAGAAUGGAAGUACGACCCCUACCCCAUCCCCGGUCCCACCCCCAGUGCCCAGUAAUGGCAACCAUAGUAGAGCUGCUGCAAACAUUGGAAAGUUUAUAAAAGGACCUGGAGCCAAUAGUUAUGGCGAACCUGAUUUCACUAAGCCCCUACAAGACAUCUCUGCACCCCUUGGUGAACCAGCAGUGUUAGAAGUACGCAUUGCACCCAUACUACCAACCCCUUCUGUACAUUGGUAUCAUAAUAAUAAACCAGCACGAGAAUCAAAGGAAAAAGAUAUCAGGUUUUUAUGUAAUGGGCCAGUCCAUACUUUAGUAUUGGGGGAACUAUCGAACGAAACACUUGGGAUGUAUACUUGCACCAUUAUGAACAAACAUGGAACAAAAUCUUCACGUUGUAAUGUCACUGUUAAGAAUGAUGGACAGAAAAUUCAGAACCGCAAGCCUACAGUCUACAUCCCCCCCAACCAAACACAAGCCCCUAAACAAGACAGCAAGCGUGUAAUACCAAGCACUUCCCUUGGUUUAUAUUCAUCAAGGAAUGUACAAGAGUCGUAUGAUGGGCAAGUCAACAGGCCACAACAAAGGAAAAACAGCGAGGAAUCCGAAGUAAUGCGCGCACUACGGGAAGAGGACGAUGACGUCACCAAACAGACACGUCAGACCCGAGCUAUAAAAUAUCUAGAACAGACAUUGCUUCCAGAAUCCGAUGAUCUGUGACGUCAUAAUGACGUCACAAUUACCACCGAAAGUGUAACUGUUCUGUAUUUUUAGUUUUAAAACGAUUUUAACUUUUAAAGUUAUAAAAAAAGACAUGAGGAAAACUGUAAAAUAUAUGAUGUAAGUUUUAUGACGUCACUUGUAAUGAUUAUGACGUCGUUUGUAGCGUUUUUCAGCCAAAGUGUUCUAAAAAUUAGCGGCCCAAAAAUACCGCAGCAUAUGAUGAAAUGUAUUUAUACCAAAACACCAUCGAAGUGACUUUUCUGCCAAUUAAGUUUUGCUGUCCGAUUAGAAUUGCCAUUUAAAUACGUUUUGUAAAGGUUGGGAAUGAACGCUGUGAUCUAUAAUAUAUAACGCUUGUAUAUAAGCGCCAAUAUUGCUUUGUAAGCCCUAUAUGUGGUGGCGUGUGCAUAUGUGCGUCUGUGUGCAAAAUGUGUGCCUAUGUGCAACGUGUGCAUUUCACACCGCAUGUUUAACGAUUGUAGCAUGAGCCCAAAGCGCACACAAUACAUAAGUGCUCCCAUGUGACCAAAUGCACAACGUGCACAAUCGGCCCAAAGUGCACAUGACGCACAUCGGCACCCGUCGAGCUAUAUACCUGUGCUUUUGCUACAUACGCCUUUUACCAAAACCGCUUUUACGAAAGUGUAAAUAUUUUCGCCAAAUUUAUUCGGAAUUCCCCGGUGUUCAUCUGUAUAUGACGUCAUGCAGUAGCCUUUGUUCCGUCACAGUUUCUAUUCUGAUUCAAUAAUCGAGAAUUUGCGUCACAAUUUUUAAUCCUUUAUCAUUGAUUAUUACGUCAUAGAAGAGUGUAUGACAUCACAACGAUUUUCUUUCAAAACAUUCCGUCACUUCCGCACUUAUUAUUAUAUUCCGCCUUCUACGUAACAUGCACUAACAACAAUAAUAGUUUAGUAACUUAACCAACAUAUGUAAGAAACCUUAGAACAACUGUGAUUGUAAUUUCAAAUAUUCCAAGAUUUCGUCCAAUUAAUAAACUGCCAACAAUACAGCG